UCCGGCGGCGCGUGGUGUGUGCGGGGGGCGCGCGCUGCGCCCUUCCAGGAGCUGCCGCCGCGUCCCUGAAGCCGCGGUGGGGGGAGGCCGCGUUGGGGCAGGGAGGCUGCGGAUGGAAAGGAGAUGCGCCGCGGGCCCGGGUCCGGCCGGUCGCUGCUUAGCCAACAGCUGAGGGACGGCCGCUGCCCUGGGCCCCUGGAUGCGGCCCUAAAGGAGACGAGCGUCGGCCCCCCUCGGGGAGCUUUCAGUCCAACGGGAACGUCACCUCGUAAUCAAAUCUGAUCGCUUCACUCCGCCCGUUUGUAACCCGGUAGCUGCGGCUGUGGUUUUUCGGCGGAAGACCAACCUACAAAGCUCCACGCCAGAAGGUCACACCCGUUUUUCCUCUCUCCACCGUAUCUCACGCUUGGCCUGGAAUGAAUGAAGUAUCUGGCAAAUGUUUGUUGGGUGGAGAAAGCACAGACUAAUGCAAAUACAUCCUCUCAGACUUGGAGACGUGGUCUACAGGACAGCGAACACCGUAGCACAAGAGGAGGAGCAGGGGGAAAGGGACAAGUGGACUCCACCAAGCAGGGAACCCAAUGUGAAGCUGGAUACCUCGACACCUAGAUCAUGACCUGAGCUGAAAUCAAGAGUCAGAUGCUUAGCCGGCUGAGCCCCCCAGCUCCUGCCCUUCACUGAGAGGGAGACCAGGUGAUGUCAGCCAUGCCCCUGAAUGCCUGGCACCAGGAAUUGGUGACCUUUAAGGACGUGGCUGUCUACUUCACCCAGACAGAAUGGGCUGGACUUUCUCCUGCACAGAAGUCCCUGUACAGAAGUGUGAUGCUAGAGAAUUAUGGGAACUUGACAUCCCUGGGAUACCCAGUUCCCAGACCUGCUCUGGUCUCCCUUCUGGAGGGAGGGAAUUUGCCUUGGGGCUUGGAGGCACAGAAUAACCCAUCUGCAGAGAGGUCCAAAGGCAUCUGUAAAGGUUGCCUUAGGUCUGAGAUCCACAAGCCCAGGCCCGAAACUCUAAUUCCUGAAGUAUGGACCAGCGGGGGUGAAUCCAGCGCUCCCGCCUGACGCUUCCCCAGCCCACCUCCAGGAACAACGGGCCUGCAGCCGUGACCCCCAGGAGAGGGCCGCGGGGCACUGCGGUGGGGUCACAGAUACCUCAGGGCCUCAGGGGCGCAGCCAGAGCACCACCGAGCGGGAGCACCGCGGCUGCUAGAGAGGCUCCGCCGGGGCCGGUGACGCACUUCCGGCUGCGCCGCGGCGCGGCGGGCGGCGGAGGCAUUUCUAGUCCGGACUGUGUUUCCCGACUCGUGACAGGCUCAGUGGGAGCGCAGAACCAGCAGAGCCCAGCCCAGUCACCCGGAGCAGAAGCAGCCCGGCUUCUGGAGGGCACUGUGUCUGGAGCGGGCAGUUCAAAGGGAGCUGAGGCCCUGGCUUCUGCACUAUCAGAGGGCUGGAGAACAUGAGGAGGCAGCCUGGGACCUCAAAGCUCCAGCCCUUCUCUGAGAGGGAGAGCAGGUGAUAGCAGCCAUGCUUCUGACAGUCUGGCCCCAGGGCCUGAGCCAUGGAAUUGGCCCUAGGGCAGCAGGAACCUGUUGUUUCAGAAGUCGGUGACCUUCGAGGACGUGGCUGUGUACUUCACCCAGACGGAAUGGGAUGGCCUGUCCCCUGCACAGAGGGCCCUGUACAGGGACGUGAUGCUGGAGAAUUAUGGGAAUGUGGCCUCCUUGGGAUUUUCGCUUCUCAAACCUGCUGUGAUCUCACAACUGGAGGGAGCAGGUGAGUUGGAAAGCCCAUCUCCGCUGGCAGCUGGAACAGAAAUAGACCCCCAGGGCCUCUGGACUGUAGAUAUUGAUAUCCAGACUGACAAUAAUUUGACAAAAGAAAUGUAUGAAGAAAAACAUAGUACAUCAUUUGAACUUCAGAGGGACUUUUCCCAGGAAACAGACUUUUCAGAACCUUGUAUUCUAGAGAAACAGCAGGAAGUCCAUUUAGUUGGAAGCAUGAAGAAAGAAAACAGCAGUGUCAUUGAUGGAACAGUGAAAGACGACACCAGCUCCAUAGAGGAGUGUUUCUUUAGUCAGAGUUCAAAGUUGGAUCAAUGUCACACCGUCACCCCUAGAGAACAGCCCCCUGAACGUAUAGCAUUGGAGAGAGCCUUCAGCUUUGACACAAAACUUCUUCAGCAUGAAAUAAUUAAUUCUGGGGAAAGACCUUUUAAAUGUGAAGAAUUAGUAGAAACCUUCAGGUGUAACUCUCAGCAUCAAGAUGGCUACACUGGGGAGAAGCCCUAUCAGUGUAAGGAGUGUGGCAAAGUCUUUAGCAUUAAUGCAAAAUUAAUUUGGCAUCAAAGACUUCAUAGUGGGGAGAAACCUUUCAAAUGUGUGGAAUGUGGGAAAAGCUUCAGUUACAGUUCCCAUUAUAUCACACAUCAGACAAUCCACAGUGGGGAGAAGCCCUAUCAGUGUAAGGUGUGUGGGAAAGCUUUCAGUGUUAAUGGGAGUCUAAGUCGGCAUCAGAGAAUCCAUACAGGAGAGAAGCCCUAUCAGUGCAAGGAAUGUGGAAACGGCUUCAGCUGCAGUUCUGCAUACAUCACACAUCAGAGAGUCCACACUGGAGAGAAGCCUUAUGAAUGCAAUGACUGUGGGAAAGCUUUCAAUGUUAAUGCAAAAUUAAUUCAACAUCAAAGAAUCCACACUGGAGAGAAACCUUAUGAGUGUAAUGAAUGUGGGAAAGGCUUUAGGUGCAGCUCCCAGCUGCGGCAGCAUCAGAGCAUCCACACUGGGGAGAAGCCCUAUCAGUGUAAAGAGUGCGGGAAAGCCUUUAGUAAUAAUGCAAAACUCAUUCAGCAUCAAAGAAUCCACACAGGUGAGAAACCCUAUGAGUGUACUGAAUGUGGGAAAGCCUUUAGUGUCAAAGGGAAGUUAAUCCAGCACCAGAGAAUCCACACGGGUGAGAAACCUUAUGAGUGUAACGAAUGUGGGAAAGCUUUCAGGUGUAAUUCCCAGCUACGGCAGCAUCUGAGAAUCCACACUGGGGAGAAGCCCUAUGAGUGUAAUGAGUGUGGAAAGGCCUUCAAUGUUAAUGCAAAAUUAAUGCAGCAUCAGAGGAUUCACACUGGGGAGAAACCUUUUGAAUGUAAGGAGUGUGGGAAAUGCUUUACUUCUAAAAGAAACCUCCUUGAUCAUCACCGAAUCCAUACUGGAGAAAAGCCUUAUCAAUGUAAGGAAUGUGGGAAAGCCUUCAGUAUCAAUGCCAAACUAACUAGGCAUCAGAGAAUACAUACUGGGGAGAAACCUUUCAAAUGUAUGGAAUGUGAAAAAGCAUUUAGCUGUAGUUCUGACUACAUUGUACAUCAGAGGAUCCAUACUGGAGAGAAACCCUUUCAAUGUAAGGAGUGUGGAAAAGCCUUCCAUGUUAAUGCCCAUUUAAUUCGGCAUCAGAGAAGCCACACUGGGGAGAAACCCUUUAGAUGUGUGGAGUGUGGCAAAGGGUUUAGCUAUAGUUCUGACUGCAUUAUACAUCAGACUGUCCAUACUUGGAAGAAACCUUACUUGUGUAAUGUGUGUGGGAAAGCCUUCAGGUUUACCUUCCAACUUAGUCAGCAUCAGAGUGUCCAUAGUGAAGGCAAAUCCUAAUGAGAAGGAUAUUUCUUAGAAAACUCUCAAGAUUAAUGAAAUGGAUCAAGUUUCAUCAGAUUCACCCUGAUGGGAAACUGAGGGAAAUGAAUAUGGCAUUUUCCAUCUUUAAGAAUCAAGAAUGAUGACUGGUUAAAAAGUAACAUCUAAAAAUAAAUAGCUUGUCUUAUACCAACAAGUUAGAAAAUAUGAUGAAAAAUCCCAUUCCUAAUAGCAUCAAGAAAAAUGGAUCUCCUAGGUAUAAACUUAAUUUUUACACAGGAUCUAUAUGGAGGAAGAAAUCUCCACACUGGGAGCCACAAAAGGAAAAGUAUAUGGGGAAAAGAAAGAAACCUUGUUCUUGGAUAGGAUAAUUCAUGAAGAUAGUCACUUUACCUAAAUUUACUUCCCUUUCACUUUUGACGCCAAGCAUGCAUCACUUUUGUAAAGAGGAUAAAUAAUAAAGAUUUCCUUAGAAAGAAAA